AUGGCAUCCACCGAGGAGAAGCUUGAGCCCAAGGACCUGUCCUACCAUUUCUCUCGAGUCACCAAGAAACGCGAUGCCAGUAACAUCAAACAAUUCUACAAAUACUUUUUGAUUCCUGGCAUAGGCAAUCUUGCUGGAGGUCUCCCGAAUGCUGCCUACUUCCCCUACGAUACAUUGGAGGCAUCAACUGCCCUCCCGGAUCGACACCGACCGACGCCUAACAAGCCUGUUGACCCCCCCGCGACGGAACUGGCCAAUUUUACGAUUGCCGAAGGUCCUGCUGCCUCCAGAGUUCUUGUGCCUCACGAUUCAGCCGAACCAAAUAUCCUGCGAAAGAUUGAUUUGGCCACUGCCUUACAAUAUGGCACGGCUCAGGGGUAUCCCCCCCUCUACAGUUUCAUUCGAUCCUUCACGCAGAAGAACUUGCAUCCCAAUGUUCCAUACAAGGGUGGGCCGGAAGUCAUCCUGACGUGCGGAUCUACUGAUGGGUUUUCCAAAGCCAUUGAAUGCUUCAGUAAUAUCUGGGAUGAAGACAGGGACUGGAUCCGGGAAAGAGAGGGCAUCUUAUGUGAAGAGUUUGCUUAUAUGAAUGCCAUCCAAGCUACCAAACCUCGUGGCCUCAAUGUGGUGCCUGUGGCUAUUGAUGACGAGGGAAUGCUCGCUUACGGUAAGGGAGGUCUAGAAGAGGUCCUGACCAACUGGGACAAGAACAAGGGCAAGAGGCCACAUCUGAUGUAUACCGUGACAAUGGGUCAGAAUCCUACGUCAGGGCUGCUAUCGGUGAAGAGACGCACGGAGAUCUACUCACUAUGCCAGAAGUACGACAUCAUCAUCAUUGAAGAUGAGCCAUACUGGUAUCUCCAAUAUCCUUCUGCGAACCAGCUCUCGAUCAAGACUCGGGGUAAGCCUGUUUCGGAGAAUUUCCCUAUCGACCCGUCACAUAAUUACAAUGCCUCGUCUGGGGGCAAGUCUAGCGGGUUUGCGUUCUUGGACAGCCUUGUGCCUUCGUAUCUGUCAAUUGAUGUUGAUGGACGAGUGGUCCGGUUAGACACUUUCAGCAAGACCGUGGCUCCCGGAUGCCGGCUGGGAUGGAUUACGGCCCAGCCGGCCAUGAUUGAGCGAAUCCAACGCAUCACUGAGACUACUACACAGCAACCUAGUGGAUUUGUUCAGAGCUUGAUUGCUGAACUCAUCUUGGGGCCUUCGACGAAUGGGGACCCGGGUAAGGGCGGCAGCAAAGAUGGCAGCGGGUGGGCAGUCGAAGGGUGGGUGCGAUGGCUCGAGGGAUUGCGUGGCAAUUACGAACGACGAAUGCAACUGAUGAGUACAAUUCUCGAGGACGGUAAAUACCUGAUUCAGAGUUCUCCGCGGCCGUCGAGUGUUUCGGCACCGGAUGAGGAUGACUAUGAACUGCUUCACAAGACACAGCUUUACGAUUUCGCGUAUCCAAUGGCUGGUAUGUUUCUCUGGAUGCGAGUCCACUACCAAACACAUCCCUUGCAUCAAGACGUCACGCAUGAGCGGCUCGCUCGGGCCUUGUGGAUGUUCAUGACCAUCAAACCGUACCUGGUACUACUCAGCCCUGGGGCAAUGUUCUCUCCCACGCCAGAGCUCGUAUCUGAAAAGGGGUGGCAAUACUUCCGACUAUGCUUUGCAGCAGUGGAUGAUGAUGUGGUUGAGAAGCAUACCAAAGCGGUAGUCAAGGCUUUCGCGGAAUUCUGGGUCAUUGACGACGUUAAGAAGAUUGAUGAACUCUUGGAUGACGAGGAGGACGCCCAAGCGAGGCUGGCCGGUGUGGCACUGCAGAAUCAGGUGAGUCUGACUUUCGAUGGCUAG